UCGUUUGGUUGUGUCGCAAACCGUCUCCACGACAACGAUUGUGUUGCCAAUUUGAGGAGACAAUGAAAACUGAAACCACUUGAAUUGAACGUUUUCGAGUUCUUUUGUUUGGCUUAAAAACUGAACGAAAGUGCAGUGGUGUGUGACCAAAAACAAAGCUCAAAUUUAAAAAAAAAAACUGAAAGAUUCAUUCAUUAUGGCGUCAGUUAUGGAUAGGGUAAACGAAAAUGAGAUGAAGGCCAUGGAUGCCAAUCGGUAUGCCACCAAGAAGACGAUUGCCCAGGGCAUGCUGGAUAUUGCUCUUCUGACUGCUAAUGCCUCCCAACUGAAGUACAUCCUCCAAGUGGGCGAAACUCACCAGUUCUACAAGCUAAUGCUGAUCCUGAUCAGUCUGUCCAUAGUGCUACAGGUGGCUGUUGGAGUUUUGCUGAUCACUCAGUCCCUCAUGAAUAUGCAUAAUCCCAAGCAACGUAAUUGGGGCUUUACCAUCAACCACUUUAUAGAUGUCUUCAUUUACCUAUCCGUGUUUUGUGACAUUAUGAAGAUGAAUUUCGGCAUCGAUCCGGUGGUGCCUCACAGCGACGAAGCGGAGCUUCUGAAGCCCUGAAUUUCGGGGAUCUCUAGCUCUAAGCACUUUUUUCGGC